ACAUUAUGGCUUAACAAUAACUCAUAUAGUCAUUUAACCUACGUUUAUCAUGAGCGCUCAAUUCGUAACGCGGCACUCGGAUUUUGACAGGCAGUCUAAAGGACAUAACGCAUUCUUUACGUUGACUCGCAUCUAACGAGGAUAACUAACGUUAACUGAACCGUUCUGUCACAGCAGCCUGGUUAAAGAUGCACGUAAGCCUCGUUCUAGCCCUCUUGGGUGCCAUGGUUUCCAGCGUCCACUCGUUCGGCUGUCACCAGCGCUGGGAGCUUGUGUACGCCAACAGCGGGAAUGGAACCACUGUUUUUGGAUCCAAAAAGACUCUUGUCCGGGCCACAUUAUCAGGGGCUGAUGUUCGCAUCUUUAUUCCAUCCUGGGGCCCCGGAGGAUAUCUUACAAGCGUCCAGAACACCCAGACAAUCAAAAACAAUCUUUGCGCCCAGUCGCUUUUUCACGUCAGUAAAGCGUCUUAUGAUGCUUUCCAAGAGGUGCCUUACUAUUGGUUCGUGAAUCUGUGUACAACUGGUCACGUGCACAUGGCGAGGUAUUUCAUUGGUAACCACGUGUCAGCUGGUAUCAAUGGGGAUAACGUUGACAUGCAGUGGUAUAUCCGAAAGUACCCAGACCCGAUUUACUCGCACACCCAGGACGGGACGGUAAUCUCAGGCAGCGUACGUGACGUUGUGUACGCCGUAGAGGCCGGGGCGGAUAUGCGUAUAGUGGACCGGCAACUCGGGUACGGGGUCCGUAUGGAUAACCUUGAGGUCUCAUUUGACCGGUCCAUUGUAGCUGGUCAGUCGCUGUGGCACGUCAGUGAGAGAAUGAAUGGGCCCAAUCUGGAAUUUCAAGGCGAUGACUACUGGUGGAUGUCAGUAUGGUCAACAGACGGUACCGUAGACGUUUCACGUUGGAACGUCGGCGAACAUGUGAAGAGGGGUAACAGCAGUAUGCAACAAUCCAUGAACUGGUACGCGGACAGCUGUUGGCAGAUGGCAUACAAACACGACGCCGAGGGUCUGUUGGAGGACGGUUCACUGGAGCUGCUGAGACUCGCCGUGGAGACCGGACAUCGCAUUAAGGUUUUAAUCGACGGAGCGAUCACUGUUGAACCAGACCAGAUUAACGUCCGUGGUGGCCAUAUCAAUGCUGAGAUUCUUAGUCUUGUUUCCAAGCAAGACCUGAAAACAUUCACUGAUGACGUCUUCUGGGAUUGGCGAGUACUGACAACGACGGGGACAGAGACAUCGGAAUAUUUCAACGUCGGAGAGUAUUUUAAUCGCGGAAAUACAAUCAAACGUAAGCCCAUGACGUGGUUUAUUGACACACGAACAUGGAACAGAGUAUUGGUGAACGACAAAGACGGUACCGUUCUAGCAGGAACCAAACAGCAGCUUGUGGAUGCCAUUCUUCUUGGUGCGGAGGUACGAUACAAGUUGACCUUUACCUCAAAUGCUAUAACGCAUCAGGCGGACAACUUAGAAAUAAGCGCUGACGGCAACGUUGGUGCGAUGCAUGUGCGUUCCGUGAGUCUGAAGUUUACGCCUGGCUCGCCACAUGAAGUUACCUUCCAGAACAGUCCCUACUGGUGGUUUACAAUUGUGUCAACAACUGGCAAGGUCGACAUUUCGAGAUGGACAGUGGGUGAACAUGUCAACAGACGACACACUCAUCUCGUUGUAAAGGUUGAAUGGUUUGUUAGCUUCUAGAUGAUCAGAAAGAAGGAUCAAACUGACAUAACAGAAAUUGAUUUAAUAACAUACAUGACUAGCAUAGUGUGAUAGGCUUCAGGAUGGUUGAUUCAUGGAUUUCGAAGUAUAUUUCAGCGAUUGUUAAUGGACGUACGUCGAAAAUAAAAAUAAUACUAAUAAAGCUGUUAAAACAUG